UAGCUUCUUGCUACAUCUUUGUUCCUCAUGGUUGUCCUCAGCCUCACACAACUCUCAAGUGUUGUUUGCUCGUCUUAAAGAAGACUGUUUGGUGAGCGGAAAGGAUGAGUAAAGAACAAGAGAGCAAGCUACUGAAAACGCAGGCAUGUGUUCUGAAAGUGAACAUAUGUUGUGAUGGAUGCCAGAAGAAGGUGAAGAAACUGCUGCAAAAGAUCGAAGGGGUCUACAAUACCACCAUAGAUGCAGAGGAGAGGAAGGUGACCGUCACAGGGAAUGUUGAUCCUGCCGUCCUGAUUACAAAGCUUAGAAAGGCUGGCAAACAUGCUCGGCUGUGGUCUGCAAAGGCUGGAAACCAUCACACCCUCACCGACCAGCUUGAGCUUGCCAAAGCACAGCAGCAGAAGGAAUACUGGAAGACACAGAAGAAGUGCCAGCAGCCACAGCAGCAGGCAAAAGGGUUCAAGGAUCUGAAGUUUCCGAAUCUGAAGGGCCUGAAGUUGCCCUUCAGCAAGGGCAACAGAACAGUCAAGUUCGACCUUCCUCCCAAGGAAGACGUUGAUGAUGGAAGCGAGUAUAGUGAUCAUGACUACGAUGAAUUUGAGGACGAUGACGGCUUGGACGCCAUGGAUGGCUUUGAAGAGGACGUCCGUGGGAAGGUUCUGGGGAAAGAUACGAAAGGCGCCGCUGGUGGUGGUGGUGGGGGAGGAGGUAAGGGAGGAGUACAGGCGCGAAACAAGGCUAUGGGUGGUAGCAACGUCAAUGGUGGGGGGAGCCACAGCCAGGGCGGCGGUGGUAAAAAUGUCCAUGGAGCCCGUGACAGCAAGCAUGAAGGAAAACACAACAAGGGUGGCAAUGGCAAUCCACCCCAAGGUGGCAAGAAGGGUGGUGGUGGUGGGAGCAAUGAUGGCGUGGGGGGCGAUGGCCAACUUAACAGGAUGGGGCAAAUGGGUCACAUUCCAGCAGUCCGAAGGCCGUCGGCCGGAGGGGGCAUGCCGGGGUACUUCCAGGGUGGAAAUGUGCCGCCGGAGAUGAUGAUGGCAGGAACAAAUCCCUACCAUCAGCAGCAGCAGCAGAGGAUGAUGAUGAUGAUGAUGCUGAUGAACGGUCAAGACCGUGCUGCAUUCCCGCCGCCUGUGGGCUACGGCUACGGCUACGGCCGGCCGGUUUACGCGCUACCGCCACCGGCAACCCAUCCCCAGGCGGAGCCUUACACCAUGUUCAGUGAUGAGAACCCCAACGGCUGCUCCGUCAUGUGAAGCAAUCUUGACAGUGUGCGUCUCUUCUCCCUCGAGAAGCAUGAAGAGGGAUCACUCUGCCCUUAUCAUUAAUGAUCUUCCAAUAUGUCUCUUUUUCUCUUUUGUUUUCUUGAAUUCCGGGCAUAGGUUUUAGAGCUAUAUAUGUGGUUGUCACUGCAGCUUUAAGCAACAUAUGGAUGGAUGGAUGGAUAGGUCUUCCACUUGUGGUUCUAUAUGUUGUUUGCUUAAUGUGAUGAUAGUACUGAAGUGAGUUAUGUUAUUUUAUUUUACUCGUUU